CUUCGCCGCUUACUCCCACCAACAGCCAACAUGCGCGCCUUCGUCCGUAGGUACAACUCGCUCAACUGGCCAGAAUACAAUGCGGAGACGCUUCGACUCUUCUCGGAGAGCACGGGACCCAACAGAUGCUCGAUCAUCAUCUCCACCGACACGCUCAUGGUCGGUGUGAAUCUCCCUGUCAAAAGCUCGGGCGUUUGAACCGCGAUGGGACCAUCAAGGACGCACGAGGCAUUGUGUACGUGACUAAGACGGAAGUCAAGCACGCGCAUGCAGUGAUAGAAGGCAAGAAGGUGACAGAAAACGGGAAGCGUGUCCCUGCGAAGAUGGGCCUGG